AUGACACAUUCACCAGUAACCUAUUCCAAUUGUUAUAUAAGUACUUCAAGGGAUGUUUUAUUAAUUUUGCAAAAGAUAUUUAUUGAACAAAAGUUGGAUUUAGUUACUUCAAGACUUACUUAUUCAGAUAGGCACAAUUUUGUAAAGAGUGGGAAUUUAUUUUGUUUUUUAGAAAAAAAAACUGGUGUCAAAAGAUGGACCGAUGGUUUAUGCUGGUCAAAUAGCAGAGUAACGGGCAAGUUUUUAAUCUAUAAGGAAUUAGAUAAUGUAAAUAAUAACAUCCAUCAUACAAUCGACCAUAAAAGUAAAAUAUUGAAAAAAAAAACUCUGCGCCUUCCUUUGGGCAACAAUGAUGCCAUUCAUAUAAUAUCAUAUUACACAGAUCUGGACAUCAAGUUAAAACAUAUUAUGAGACCAAGUGAGGAUCCAUUUUUUACAAAUGGCGAUGCCAAUAUUAACGACUCUAAUGUUUCUUCUGUAAGUUGGGAUUUGAAACAAAUGGUUGGACAAUUUUUCUAUAAUAAUGAAGACACCAAUAGUACUGAUAGUAAUACCAUUUCCACUCGGCAAGCUCGUUUUGAUGCCAAUAAUAACGUUACUUCGAAUUCGAUGACAUCUUUAUUAAGUUCUACAACAAAUUCCUUGGCUUUGGGAACUGAUAGAAGGGGUUACCAUAAAGAAUAUAUCUCAGAAGAAAAUGGAGAUGAAAAUUUGCAGAUAAGAAACCUAAAAAGUGUUAGCACUAGUCCACACGCUACUUGCAGUGGUAUUGCGGUUAUUGCUUCCGAUAAUAAUAAUAAUAAUAAUAAUAGUAAUAAUAAUAAUAAUAGUAAUAAUAAUAAUAAUAAUAAUAAUAAUAAUAAUAAUACAACUAUCAAUACUAAUGCUAGGAAGAAUCAUAAUCUCCUUGCUGAUACUAGCAACGCUACAAACAUUUAUAUUUCCGAAUAUCCUAAUGUUGAACAUAAUAUAGUAAUUGAUAACACAAAUAAUCUAUACAAUAAUAAUACAGCUUAUCCAGUAAAUAUGUCUACAAUAGUUCCACAGAUGUGUUAUUACGGACAAGGUAUUAUGUAUACUAAUAGUAUCGACGGUAUGAACAGUGUUCCGAUUCAGUAUUUACAGAAUAUUACAGAUACAUCAAGAUUUAUUAAUAGUGGCUGUAAAACAGUCAGCCCACAAACAAUGAUCACUACUUCAUAUCCAGCACCACCUGAUAUUUAUGACAACAGGCAAGUAAAUGUUAUUCGUGAUGGCUAUGAAAGUGUCUAUAGUAAUACUGACAGUAAUAAUAGUUUGCAGAUUAAUACAAUUAAUACUACGAAUGGUGCAUCUUUUUCAAGAAAACUACCUGGUAUAGAACAACUGCUUUCGAUUCUUUAA